AUGCGUGCCCUCCCCAAAAGCAUACGGCGCGUCGCGUCGCCCUUCUUUUCCUCUUUCCUUUCUUCUUCUUUUUCUUCUCCCCUCUGACAAUGUCCACGCUCACUAUCCCCAAAUUCAGCCCCGGAGAAGCCGUCAACGAAGAAAAUGGCCUGAUCCACGGCGUCUCAGCACAGGAGCUGCAGAUUCUAGGGGAGCAAUGCUUUGAUGCGCGCGAGAGGGCUUAUUGCCCAUACUCCCUCUUCCGCGUCGGCGCCUCGCUCCUCCUCAACACCUCGAAUCCCACCGCCCCAUCCACAACGCACAUCAUCACGGGCGCAAACGUAGAAAACGCCGCCUACCCCGUCGGCACGUGUGCCGAACGCGUCGCCAUGGGCACAGCCGUGAUGGCAGGCCACCGCAUCGGCGCCUUCAAAGCCGUCGGCGUCACAACCGAUAUUGUGGAUUUUUGCUCUCCCUGCGGCAUGUGUCGCCAGUUCCUGCGCGAGUUCUUGCGGCUCGAAACGCCGAUUUUCAUGUUCAAUAAGGAGGGCAAGUGGAUUGUGAGGACCAUGGGCGAGUUGUUGCCGCUCAGCUUUGGGCCGGAUGUUUUGCCCCCCCGCGAGGAGCUGAGGAAGGGGCAGGAGGAGGAUAAGGCGAAGACUGCGUAAAGAAGGGUGGGUUGGGGUUUGGGGAUUAUGUAGCAUUGAGGGUGUUGGUGAUGGUGCAUUUGCUAUGAUUGGUGGGGAGUAGUAUGUGAGCAUCUCUGGCGUGCUGGGGGGCGUGGAUUGAGGUACUAGAUUAGACGGGUACAUACUCUACAAAACAGCAUUGAAUACACACUAUGUGUUCCAUUGUACUACAUUCAAAGUCCAUGGAAUAUCUC